GGAGUCUCAAAGAAACUUUAACUUUUUUGAAGUGUACUGCGAAGAGUCUCAAAUAAUCUUUAUACCUAAGAAGAGAGGCAUCCCAGACAAGAAGAAGCCCAAACAAGUGAAGAGGCCCAAACAAGUGAAGAGGUCCCAACAAGUAAAAAGGCCCCAACAAGUAAAGAGGCCCCAACAAGUAAAGAGGCCCCAACAAGCAAGCCGAAUGGGCACAGAAGAACUGCAACCACAAGAGGUUAGCAGCUGA